CGCUGAUGUUGAUAACUGGAGGAAACAAAAGACUGAACAUGGCGACGCCGGUGACUGUGCUCCGCCUGCCAAAGGGACCUGACCCCAACAGCCGCGGGUUUGACCCCAAAUCGGCCCGUUUCAUCGCUCUCUGUCGAACCUCCAUUCCCACGUCGGCCGCGUCCGACUCGGAUCCCGAGCAGCUGCCGAAGGAGCAGCACGCCCGCUCCGUGCUGAGGGAGCGUUUCCUCCGAUGUCUGCUGUCCAUGGCCAAUAAGAAGAUUCAGUUUCACAUGUACGAGAGGGUGAAGGUGGAGGCCACGUUCAGAGCAUCGGAUAUUGACGUGCUGAACUUUCAGGUGUCGGACCUGCACACCCCCAUCGGGGUGCAGAAAGAGGCUCUGAUCAGGUGUCAGGAUGUGAUUUCGUUCACUUUUGAUGCAUGAACACUUGAGGCUUGUUGUUUUCCCGCUUAAAACAGAAUAUGCCAUUUAUGGGAUGAGAGGCACUUGGGAGUCUCGUUUGUUGUUGUUGUUGAUGCAAAAUUAGCUCUGUUAUCACACUGAGAUUCAUACAAUUUUGUUAGAUUAUUUUUCUGUCCGUAUCAUCAAUCGUACUGACGCUGACUAGCAGUUCCGCUUUUGGCCACAAGAGGGCGUCAGAUGCCCGUGUUUCAAGAGAGAUGUGAAGCGAACCUUUUUUGAGAUGUCAACACUGCCAUCUGGCUUUUUGAGAUGCAGACAGGUUAUUACUGCGAAUGUGCUCGAGUUGACGUGUUAUGUCUUUUGUCAUAUCGUUCUUUAACUGAGGCAAAUGAAACAUCGCACUUAAUAUUUCUUUAUGAGUGUAACACUUUUCUAUUUUAAUGUCUUAUUUUGUUUGGAAAAAAUAAUCAAGACACCUGGAAAAGAUUCAUGUCUGAUAAACGAUUGAUGUUGCUCCAGAAAAUAACGUGUAGCUGUUUAACGCCAGACCUCCUCUUCCAUCAAAACAACAACAUAUUUCAUUAUCACUUUAAAAACAAGUUUUCCGUCGGUCCUCGGUGCACUGCUUGGAGAUCGUUGUGCAUAACCACAACAGGGUAGUCCGGUUGAUCUCUUUGUCAACAGUAUCACCAGUGUUGGGUCUUUAUUUAUUCAAGCUCGGUCCACAUUCAUAACUGCAAUCAUUCGUCAAAUUGUCGAUUAACAGAAAAUGAAUCUGCAACUUUGAGAAUCAAUGAAUUGUUUCACUUUUCAAGCAAAUAUUGUACAUUGUUGUAAAGUGAUUGCUUUUUGAUGACACUUUGGGCCCCAGGAAAUUGUUGUUGUUCAUCGAAAUAAAUAAUCUGUUGAUUAAUGCA